GAGAGAGAGAGAGAGAGACGGAGAAUAGUCAAGAGUUUCAGCUCAUCAUCCCGUUUAGUCUGGUCAGGUUUUUGCACUUGACAUUCUCCUUCAUCUUCGCUCAAUCCGACUGAAUUUCCAAUCCAAUACGCGCGAGAUUUGCGAGGGCUCAAAGAACGCGGUGUAAAUUUGUUUACUGUUUGAAGUUGGAUUGUUAGGGAGCAAAAUGGGAGGCGUGUGCUCGGGUGGGAUAACGAAGCAAAAGCCAGAAAUCCGCAAUAACAAUUCAGGGUUUUCAGGCAAGCUCAAAUCCAUGAGUAGUUUUGGAAAACAGAAGGAUUAUUCUUAUUCCUAUCCCGAUAUGGAUGUGUUUGAGAAGACGACAAAUUUGUACGACUCAGGUGAGCUACAAUUCUCGAUUUCCAGAGAAUUGAAGCCAUCAACCCCAGCCAGGGCAGGGGCUACGAAGGUGCCUCAAGCGAGCUCAUUUCUUGGAAAAGCUGGUAUUGUAGGCCUAGAAAAGGCAGUGGAAGUUCUAGAUACGCUCGGAAGCAGUAUGUCAAAUUUGAACUCCAGCAGUGGAUUUGGGUCUGGUAUGGCUUCAAGAGGCAAUAGGAUAUCUAUUCUCGCAUUUGAGGUUGCUAAUACAAUUGCCAAAGGUGCCAAUUUGUUGCAGUCUCUUUCCAAGGAAAAUAUCCAGUUCCUUAAGAAGGAAAUUUUACAUUCAGAGGGGGUACAGCAGUUAGUUUCAAGAGACAUGAAGGAGUUACUCAGUAUUGCUGCUGCUGAUAAAAGAGAGGAAUUUGACGUAUUCUCCCGGGAAGUAAUUAGGUUUGGAGAUCUAUGUAAAGAUCCACAAUGGCACAACUUGGAUCGAUAUUUUUCCAAAUUGGACUCAGACCCCAUAACCCAUAAACAAGAGGCAGAAAUGACAAUGCAAGAAUUGACCACUCUGGCUCAGCAUACUUCUGAAUUGUAUCAUGAGUUGCAUGCUUUGGACAGAUUUAACCAAGAUUAUCGACGGAAGAUGGAGGAAGUGGAGUCUUUAAAUCUCCCUCGGAAAGGGGAGAGUCAAGAUAUAUUACUGAGUGAGCUAAAACAUCAAAAAAAACUUGUGAGGAGCUUGAAAAAGAAAUCUCUUUGGUCAAAAAGUUUGGAAGAGGUGGUGGAGAAGCUUGUCGAUGUUGUUGCCUUCAUACAUCAAGAAAUUUUGGAGGCAUUUGGAGAUAAUGGAGGGAGAUUUGUUGCUAAAGAGCCUAUCAAAAGACCAGAAAGACUUGGUGCAGCUGGUCUUGCAUUACACUACGCAAACAUAAUUACUCAGAUAGAUAACAUUGCUUCGCGCCCUACCUCCCUUCCUCCUAAUAUGAGGGACACACUAUAUCAUGGGUUGCCAAUCGGUGUGAAGAUCGGUCUACGUUCCCGAUUGCAAACAGCAGAUUCCCAAGAAGAGUUCACAAUUCCUCAAAUCAAAGCCGAGAUGGAAAAAACUCUUCAAUGGCUUGUUCCAGUAGCUGCAGAUACUACAAAAUCACAUCAAGGUUUUGGGUGGGUCGGAGAGUGGGCAAACACCGGUAUUGAGUUUGGCAAGAAGACGGGUGUACAAAAUAACCUAAUUCGCCUCCAGACACUAUAUCAUGCAGACAAGCAGAAGAUGGAUCAGUACAUCCUUGAACUGGUGACUUGGCUUCACCGUCUUAUUGGCCUAGUAAGAUACAGAGAUAAUGGAACCAGGGCUUUGCCUAGUCGAUCUCCAACUCGCAAAGGCCUGAAUCAGUAUUCCGAGAUGUCGAGCAAUAAUUCCAAAACCCAUAUGGUCCAAUUGUCUCCAGAAGAUAGAAAGUUGUUGGAAGAGGUCAUGAAACGAAGAAGGUUGGUUCCUGGAUUAAGCAAAAGCCAAGAGUUUGUGAUGGCCAAGAAGAGAGGGACAAAGGUUUGUGCACUAAGUAGGAGCACUGGGAGCUCUCCAACCAGGGAGUUGGAGCAUCCGAAAGCUAAUGUUUUGGAUGUACUGGAUGGUUUAGAUACACCAUUUUAAGCUACUUUUUUUUUUUUUUUUUUAUUAU